AUGACCCAGACGAACCGGCCCAAUAAUUUUGGAGAUCCAUGGAACAUGGACAUCAAAUACUUCAACGAUCAAAUCGGAGUCUUUCGUCCUACCGCGUCCCAAUCAGUUUGGGAAGGACCCCUUGCUGCCGCCUUAAGAGACAACAAUGCGUUCUUUGGCAACACGUCGGUGAACUCAAAGACCCGGGCCAACGUCCAGCGCACUUAUGCGAUUUUCACGCAAGGCCCGCCCACAGACAUCGAUGGUGCUGUGAAAGACCUGUUUGCAAUGCUACAGGAUGCUGAUGUUCAUCUUGUUAUCUAUGAUUUCGGUUCGGGCGCUGACAGUGCCAAAUUUAAGCAAUACGUUGGGGUUAUUCCCAACGUCGACUAUGUACUUUUCAAUAGCGACGAGCCAGACUCAUUCUUCCAGAAAUAUCUGCUGUCGAGUGAUGCUAAUUCUAACUUCGGCUGCUCCGAUGGACUCACCCAAACUCUGCAGAUUGACCCAUCGAACCCAUUGACCUAUUCCUGGCCACCGGCCUACGACGUCAAGAAAACACGCUACUGCAACAACCAGAACUCAAAACUAACGCUGCAGGCUGCAGGGAAGGCUGCUAUUUGCAUUUCGAUCGUCGACGACUAUGAACUGGAGACGGAUAAAGAUUUUGUGAAAUUUGUAGAUGGCCAAGGAAAUCUGCGUGUUAGUCUUACCGGAAUGGGUGUCUCCGGCUCCAAAUUCCGACUGACAGGCGCUUCGACAACGAUCACAUUCACCAGCAACGAAUACAACGUGUUCCACGGGAUCAAAUUCACUGCUACGUCUACCGACACGGACACUUGUCCC